UAGCUAAUGAUUUACAUGGUUCCUCUUGCAGGUUUUGAUCAGGGACAGUUUAGCAGCGAUGGCUUAGACUUUGGAGACAGUAUCUCCAUGCAGCAUGAGAUUAACCGUUUGAUGUCUGAAGUAAAACGACUGAAGGCGGAAAAUAAACACUGGAGGUCAACCAAUGGGGUGGCAAAGGAGGGAAAAACGCCGGAAGUUGAAAAUCACCAUGUGGCUCUGCAAGAUACCAUACAGGAGCUUAAGGAACAAUUGCGUCAUGAAAAAGAGCACCACCAACAGGAAACGGUGUUGCUCCAGGACAUGCACUCCCAAAAAAUCACCGCCCUGCACAAGAAAUUCAAGGCGGAAAUUUCACAAUACAAAGAGAAAGUUCAAGAGUUGGAACAGAGGGGAGGGCAUGAUGGUAAUAUUGCAGAAUUGGAAGCCAAGUUAGAAGAGCUUCAGAGGGACUAUGAUGCAUUAAUAUCUGAAAAAUCCAAGACAGACUCAGUAAUACAGACUUAUAAACAGCAACUACAAGAGAAAGAAAAAGAGCUGUCACUGCUGAAACUAGAGAAUGAAAAGGUGUCUACUCAGCUUCACAAUGCCAAGUACCAACUGCUGGAUCAACUGGAUGCAAAUCAUGCUCAGUCAAUUGACCUUAUGUGUGACCUCCAGGAGAUGAGGAGGAAUAUUUCCCAGAAUGCAAUUGCCCGCAAGAAUGCCCUCCUCAAAGAGAGGCAGGAGCUGGUUGAUCUUAUGAUCGAAUCUGGUCUCCAGCAAAAGGAAAUCAACACCUCUGUGGAGAUUUUGGAGGCAGAGCGGGAGCAGGUGGCUUUGGAGAGCGAGCACAUGUUGUCUGAGAUGGGGAACACUGACCAUCAGGCUCUUACCAAAGACAUUGUGGAUUCUAUUGAGAAGGAAAAUUUAGUCUUGAAGAAAAAGAACCUAGAGUUACAGGAACAGAUUGCAGUGUUAGAGAAGACAGUAAAAACAUUAUCAGAGCAAAGGGGCAGAAAAGAUGAGGAAGAAAAAGUGGAUGAGGAUGAAGAAUAUGAUUGGAACACUGCCGAGAUUUCAGAACUGAGCAACAGAAACAGUGAACUCGAGAGACAAUUGCUAGAGCUGUCAUCCAAUCAUGAGAGAGAAUUAGAGGAAUUUGAAAGCUUGAAAACCGAUUGGGUGUCUGAAAAAGAGGCUCUGGAAGAUUCUUUACUGGAACUUCGACAAAAGUUGAAGGAAAAAGGAACAGCAGAAAAUGUUCAUGAUGCUGAAAAGGGCAUGAUGGUAGUGGCCAAGGAGAGGGCUAAUGACCUCAGUGACUCUGAAGAGUCUGCUGAAAGUAGUAAUGGGGAUAUAGGGGAAGAUAUUGUGAAAUUAGAUCAUAAAGUGGAUCUGUUGGCUCAGGCUAAUGCCCAGUUGGAGGAGGAAAGAGACGGGCUAAUUAUAGAGAAGGCAUGUCUUGAAAAGGAAUUGUCAGCUCUCAAAUCAGACCUAGAUAGUGGUGACAGAAAUGGGGCUUUGUUGCGAGAACUGGAGGAGCAAAAAUCUCUGGUUACCAACCUUCAGGAGGAGAAAGAGGGACUGGAGACCAGUUUAGAGGAACUAGACAGCCAACAUGAAGAAGCCAUGGCACAAGUCAUCAAAAUUCGCAAUGAACUCCAGAAAAGACUAGCCGAGUCUGAGAAAGAAUGUGAUGAAAAAAGCUCACAGAUUAAGGAACUUGAAAAAACUGUAAAUCGUCUUCAGAAAGAGGCUCAGCAGCUUGAUGACCUUGAGGAAGAAGUGUUUAACCUCCGGGAAAGCAAAGAACAGUUGGAGACACAGUUGAAGUCAUUGUCUUCCAAGGGAAAAAGUGAACAAAGCAGUAAAGGCUGCGAAAAGUGUACAGAAUUAAGACAGCAACAAGAAAAAGCAGCCAUGACUGUAAAUGAACUUCACAUGGAUGUGAAAGAGUUGGAACAAAAACUCCAAAAGAAUCAGGAGGAAGUCAAAGAUAAAGUUUCCAAAUUAAAACAAGCAAGAGAAAGCAACCAGGAGCUGCAGAAGGUGGUUCAGGAUGUGACAGAGAAAUAUCAGGCAAAGGAAGAAGAGGCGCAGAAACUGAGAGAAGAGAUGGGGAAGACAUCAGGGGUAGAGACCGAGACACUCCAGCAGCAGAUUGAUGAGAAAUCAGAGGAGAUGAAGUCUGUUGUGGCAGAGCUGGAGGAGGUGAAUUCUCAUCUGGCAGAAUACAUGGAGAGGUAUACCAAGUUACAAAUGGAGAAUUCAGAACUCGUCUGCAAACUCUCUGAACGAGACAACCAGGUGAGGGAGAAUCGUGAAGCCCUGAAUCAGCUGAAAGAAGAGAACCACGAACUGUCUGAAAAACUUCAAGAAAGCAGUACAAAGAUUGAAGAACUACAAGAAAGUAUCAACAAAUUAGAGAAGAAUAGUUCCCAUUUGUCAACUAAAUUGAUUGAAAGUGAAAAGAAAGUUCAGAACUUAGAGGAUGACAUCAGCCAAAAGGCGAGUGAGACGCAGAGGCUAAAUACUCAGAUUGAGGCUCUGAGGGAAGAAAAGAAUAAUAUACAAAGAGAGUUUGAUCAGCUUGAAGGAGUGUUACAGCAGAAGAUGAAACAUUAUGAGAAUUACAUACAAGAGUUGAAAAAAGGACAGGAAAGUGAUUCUAGUUCUGUGGAAUCGGAAAGGAAACGUCUACUGGAAGAUGUUCAUGAAAAAGACAUGAACAUGUUAAAACUUGAAGAGAAAAUAAAAUCUCUCCAGAGCCACCUGUCUGAAACCAAGGAGACAUUGCAGUCAGCAAUAGAUGGUCAACAAGGGGUGGCAGAUAUCUUGGAAGAAAAUGAAAGGACAAUAAAAGAAUUAAAAGAAGAAAAUUCUCAAUUGUCCCAAGAAAAUGACAGUCUCCAAAUGGCCGUGAAAGAGCAGAAGGAACAACUUUUAAGGAUGGCAACUGUGGAAGAAGAGUUAGUGGCCCUUAAAGAGGAGAGAAAUACUCUAAGAGAGGAACUGAGGAUGUCAAAGCAAACAUUAGAAAAUAAGGUGGAAAAAGAGGCUUUGCAGGCUCAGACUUUAGAAGUUAUCACUGAUUUAGAGUCAGAGCUAAACAUGUCAACAGAGAAAAUUGUAAGCCUUGAAAAAGAGAUGAAACAACUGAAAGAGAAAGUCAGAGAACAAGAGAAUGAAAUUCAGGAAUUGAAUGAAAAGAAUUCAGGGUAUUUGAAAAGUAUGGGAGAGAAAUCAGAUUCAUCUAGUCAACUUCAAUCUUUAGUAGAAGAAAGGGAUAAAAGGAUUUCUGUUUUAGAAGGAGAAUUGAAUGAGCUAAGAGAAACAAUUAGUAAACAAGAAAAGGGAAUCCAAGAAUUAAAUGAGAAGAACCUGUCACACUUGAAAGAAGCUGAGGAGAAGAACAAGAAACUACAUCAGCUGGAGGCCACUUUGGUGGUGCUGGAAGAGUCAGUGGCAGAGAAAGAGGAAGCCAUUUUGAGGUUCCAGAGGAGACUAAUGAGGGCAGAGUCACUUGUGGAACCAGACAAAGAACAUUUAUUAACUGAUGGACUGUCUUACUUAGCUAUUGAAGAAAAGCCACGUGUGGAAAACCAGGAGGAUGAGGUAAAGGAUAAAGAUCUCCAGGAGGAAACCUCACCAUCAGAACCUCAGCCAUCAGAGAUGGAAGAUUUUGCCAAAGAAAAUGAACGUCUGCUUUCAGAAAAUCAGGAGUUGAAGGAAAAGUUUGAAGAGGACUUGAAUUCUUACAGUGAAAGACUGAUUCAGCUGGAAGAGGAAAAUGAGAAAUUAAAGCAAGAUUUGUCAGAGCAAAAAGAUGAAUAUAUUAAAAUCUGUAAAUUAAAUGAGGAAGAAGUAGAACUUUGUAAAAGAACUCAGUCCACAGUGGAAGAUCAGGCCAUGGAGAUUUCUUCCCUAAAGUACCAAAUAUCACAGUCUGGUUCUAGUGGUCAAAAUGCACAUCUUGAUGGUGAGAACACUAAAGAUUUGAUAAAUGGAUCAGAGAAAAUGCAAGAAGACAUCAUAGAACCCGAAAUAUCAUUAUCCUUGUCAAGUGGAAAAUCAUCCAACAUUGUUGUAGAAGGUGAAGAACUAGAAAAGCUCAAGUCUUUAUUGGAAGAAAAAGACAGAGUUAUUUCUGAAUUACAGACUAAUAAUUCUUCCUUGUUAAAAAUGUUAGAGACUAAAUCUGUUAAUUCGUUAGGGGAUAAAACAUUGGUUGAUGUUCAUAGACUUGAAAAUGAGGUGAAGCAACUCAAGCUUGAAAAGGAGCAGAUUUUAGCGGUAAUGAAUGAAAAAUCUCGAGAGACUAGUAACCUCAAAAGUGAAGUACAUCGUCUUACGAAUAUUGUGUCUGCAGAGAAAGUGGCCUUAGCUAAACUUCAGAAGGACAAUCAUGACCUGACUCAGAGCAAAGAGAAAAGUGUUGUUGAGGACAUGCAAAAAGAAGCCCUCCAAAAUCUGUCUCGAAUCAUCCGUGACAAGGACAUGGAGAUAGAAGCACUGACCCGUAAAAACGAAACUCUGGUCGCAGUCAUGCAAGAGUCGUCUGACAGUGGUUCACAGAUCAACUCGCUGAUGCAGGACAAGACAAACCUGAGCAAGCAGUUGGCGGACUUGAAGAGUGAACGUGAACAGAUGAUAACAUACCUAAACCAGAAACACCAGGAGAGUCUGGCUUAUCAUGCCGAGAUCCAAAGGCUUACUGAGUACAUCAACACAGAGGCAGAGAAAAACCAGACGAUACAACAGAACUAUGCAGCUCUGGUGCCUCAAUAUGAGGAAAAGAAUGAAAACCUGUUGAAAGCUCAAAAUGAGUUGAUAAACUAUAAACAUAAAUUCCAAGAUCUUGAGAUAAAGUAUGGUGAACUGGAUCAAAGAAUGAAUGCAUCAGAAACUGUGGAUAUUCUAACACACAAUUUGAAACUGGAAGAAAUUAAAAGUCUCCAAGAAAAGCAGGAAGAACUUUUGGAUAGUAUCAAAGAAAAAGAGAUGAAACUGCAAGCCCUUCAUCAACAGAACUCAGAAUAUGAAGAAUCUCUGUCCAGACAAGCUGGUGAGAUCUCAAGCUUAAAGAAACAGCUUGAUAACAUGGCCUUCAAGCUCCAGGGUCUGCAGAGCGAGCUGACUGAUGAAGGAAGUGAGAAAACUGGUCUGGAGCAGCAGGUUGUGGAACAGAUGUCUAAUAUCCAGGUCCUGAAGGAAUCCAACAACCGGUUAACACUGGCUCUACAGGAGAAGGAGUUUGAAGUGAACAGUUUACAUGAGAAGGUCCAGACACUUCAGGCAGUGAUACAGAAUAAGGAGGGAGAGAAAGGCCAGGUGAACAAGCUGAUGCAGGAGAACGAAGCCAUCCUAGCUCAGGCCAAGCAGCUCCAACAGGAGAGGGACCAGGCCAUGAUGGCUCUAAAGCAGAGGCAGUCCGAGCAGGCAGGCUUAUUACAAGAGAUCCAGAAACUGAAAGAAAAGGACAGCAAAAGUCAGAAAGAGUUGGAGCGACUAAGAGGUCACUUGAUACAGAUGGAAGAUGGCUACACUCAGGAAGCCCUGGCAGCAGAGGAACGUGAAAAGGAUCUGCGGAACCGCUUGGCUGUUGCUGAGGAGAAGGUCAUUUCAUCAUCUUCAAUAAUGGAGUCUGCAAGUCAGCAGGCGAGUCAGCAGACAGAGUCCUUACAGCAGCAACUCCACCUGUUGGCAGGUCAGAGGGACCAAGCUUACCUCCAGGUGGCAGCGCUGCAGGAACAAUGUCAGCAGUAUGCUGUGUCUCUGAACAAUCUCCAACUGGUUCUAGAACAGUUCCAACAAGAGAAAGAUGCCCAGCUUUCACUUGAAAUGGAACAGAACCAGAAUGAGAUAGCUAAACUCAGAAAACAGGUCAACUCACUGCAGACUGAGUUGAAUACCACUAAGGAGAAGUUAAUGGAUGCUGAGGAGGGCUUAGAAGCUGCUUCACGCUUGACUGAACAGCUGGAUCGAAAGGAGGAAGCCUUGCUGGCACUGAAGGAAGAAGUUCAGAUACGAGAGAAAUCACUGCAGGCGGCUGAAGACGAAAUUCAUCGCCUGAGAUUAUCUACUGAUAAUAAAGUUGACAAAGUUGUCAUUAAAAAUAUCUUGAUGGGGUACUUCCUGUCUCCUAAGAAUAAACAGCCUGAGGUGUUGAGGGCUGUGGGAGGAAUAUUAAAUUUCACAGACGAGGACUUUGAUAAGAUUACAGGGGCUUCCAAGAGCUGGGUUUCAGGGUUAUGGAGAUUUGGGGGAUCUCCAACUCACGCCACUCCAUCCACCCCCACUAAAACUGUCCCAGGACAACUGCCAUCCACCCCAAAGGCGGAAAGUUCAUUUUCGGAGUUAUUUGUAAAAUUUCUGGAAACGGAAUCGACACCCACACCUCCGGUCAUGAAACUGCCUGCCGAGGAUAUGGCCAGGGAUGUCCAACGUCAGAAACAGGCCCACAAAGACAGCUAUAACCCCUUCACUGCUCCCAGACACGUGUCCAUGCCUCCUGCUAGCGGUGUCAGUGAUCACAGGAAUUCCCCUAUCCUCAUGUCAGGGUCGCCCACCUCGACCCCUAUGACCUUGUUUGCCCCCUCAGUGACCCCUCAGCCUCGUUCUGAUAAUGAGCGGACUACCUCCCAGAACACUUCUAGUGCAAUUCUCAAAAACGUUUUAGAGACCAGAUAACACAUGUUAAUUCUGUAUGUGAUUUUGUUUAAACAUAUGAUAUUUAAUUAUUAAAUUAUGCAUUGGAUCCAGACCUAAGACUAUUAUAUAAUUAUUGUCAUAUGGUGGCAUUGUAAUAGUUUUAAAGGGUGUUAAACUUUUUAUUUCUCUGUAACUUAUCAUAUGAGAAAGUUCAGUGUACAAUUGUGAUAUUAUUGAUUUAAAGCUUUAUUUUUAUAAAUUAAUAAUUUAUGAGAUUGUACAUAUAAUAUGCCAUAUUGUGAAAUAGUACCAGUAUGUAUUUUACAUACUUACUGCAUGUGAUUUUUAAUAUGCAGGAUGUGGGAUAUGAUUUCAAAAUAUUCAUAAAGAUA